AGCGCGCCGUAACCAAUGGCUUCCGCCGGGAGCACUUACCUCGCCAAGUCCACCUUCUUCCACUCCUCCGUCAAACCAUCUAGCAACCAAAUCCUCCUUCCUUUCUCCACCAACUUCCCUAAACUCUCCCCUCGGCGUCCGCUUGACAUUACCAACAUCCUCUCAGACCACAAACCAAAACCCACCACCGCUGCCGCCGUCGUCACCACCACCAAAACAACCCCAUCUUCCUUCGUUUCCCGAUUCGCACCGGAUGAAUCCCGUAAGGGUGCUGAUGUCCUAGUUGAAGCCCUUGAACGUGAAGGCGUCACCACCGUCUUCGCCUACCCAGGUGGAGCUUCCAUGGAGAUUCAUCAAGCCCUCACACGCUCCUCCAGCAUCCGCAACGUCCUCCCGCGUCACGAACAAGGCGGUGUCUUCGCUGCCGAGGGUUAUGCCCGUGUCUCUGGCCUCCCCGGCGUCUGCAUUGCCACCUCCGGUCCCGGCGCCACAAACCUUGUCAGUGGCCUUGCAGAUGCGAUGCUCGAUAGUAUUCCUCUUGUCGCCAUUACCGGACAGGUCCCCCGGAGAAUGAUCGGUACUGAUGCGUUCCAAGAAACACCAAUUGUUGAGGUUACCCGAUCGAUUACCAAGCAUAAUUAUCUUGUUCUCGAUGUUGAAGACAUUCCAAGAAUCGUACAUGAAGCGUUCUUCCUUGCUUCAUCGGGUCGCCCUGGUCCCGUUCUGGUAGAUAUCCCCAAAGAUAUACAGCAGCAGCUUGUGGUGCCUAUUUGGGAUAAGCCCAUGAAAUUGCCUGGUUAUAUAGCUAGGCUGCCAAAAUUGCCGGACGAGAAGCAUUUAGAGCAAAUAAUUCGAUUAGUUUCUGAAUCGAAGAAGCCGGUUUUGUAUGUUGGUGGUGGCUGUUUGAAUUCAAGCGAGGAACUCAGGAGGUUUGUGGAGCUUACCGGUAUACCUGUGGCAAGUACUCUUAUGGGACUUGGUGCUUAUCCUACCAGGGAUGAGCUUUCACUUCAAAUGCUUGGAAUGCAUGGUACUGUUUAUGCGAAUUAUGCUGUGGACAAAUCAGAUUUAUUGCUUGCAUUUGGAGUUAGAUUUGAUGACAGGGUCACUGGCAAAUUAGAAGCUUUUGCUAGCCGUGCUAAGAUAGUUCACAUUGAUAUUGAUCCAGCUGAGAUUGGGAAAAACAAGCAACCCCAUAUUUCCAUCUGUGCUGAUGUGAAACAAGCAUUGAGAGGAAUGAACAAUUUGUUAGAGGAGAAGCCGUUGAGCCAUACGCUUGAUUUCUCUGCUUGGAGGAAGGACCUUAAAGAGCAGAAAAUGAAGUACCCUUUAAAUUUUAAGACUUUUGGAGAGGCUAUUCCCCCUCAGUAUGCGAUUCAAGUUUUGGAUGAAUUGACAAAUGGGGAUGCAAUUAUAAGUACUGGGGUUGGACAACAUCAGAUGUGGGCUGCUCAAUGGUACAAGUAUAAGAUGCCACGCCAGUGGCUAACAUCUGGAGGAUUAGGUGCAAUGGGUUUUGGGUUACCUGCUGCCAUUGGGGCUGCUGUUGCCAAUCCCAAUAAGGUUGUUGUUGAUAUUGAUGGUGAUGGAAGCUUCAUCAUGAAUGUCCAGGAGCUGGCUACGAUUCGUGUAGAAAACCUACCAGUCAAGAUCAUGCUGUUGAAUAACCAACAUUUGGGAAUGGUUGUCCAAUGGGAGGAUCGGUUUUACAAGGCAAACCGGGCCCAUACAUAUCUUGGGAAUCCAUCAAAUGAAUCUGAAAUAUUCCCAAACAUGUUAAAGUUCGCAGAAGCUUGUGGUAUACCUGCUGCCCGUGUGACGUUGAAGAGAGACCUUAAGGAAGCAGUUAAGAAGAUGUUGAAGACCCCUGGACCAUACUUGCUGGAUGUUACUGUACCCCAUCAGGAGCAUGUGUUACCUAUGAUUCCGAGUGGGGGGGCCUUCAAAGAUGUGAUCACCGAGGGUGAUGGCAGAUCAACCUAUUGAAGUCUCAAGGCAGCUGAGUAUCUUGGUAUUGUAAUGUAUAUUCUUAGAAAAUCAUGCAUGACAGAAGAGUUUCAGCUUGUUUUGUGGAGACAGCUCAGUUUUAUUUUACAUCUUUUACUUGUUUUUUGUAUCUUGCUAGAAUGUAUUGUUGAACAGUAUUUGUUUGUUUUGUUUUGCUCUGUUAACUUUACAUGCUCUCUUGGCUUACUGUUCUCCUUCAUGCUUGAUCAUGAAUCAGCGGUUUACCUAAUUCAAGUGGGAUUUAGAGUUUUCUAUGAGAAUUUCGGAAUUACAUUUC